AUGGAAACCAAUAAGAAGCGACGUGGUGAGUGGACUGAACAACAGCUUAAAUCAGCUAUUGAAUCUGUAAAAAAUUGCAGUAUGUCACAACGACAGGCAGCAGCUACUUUCAGUAUCCCAAGAAGAACUUUGAGAAACCACCUAAAAUCUGGCAGUGAAGAAAAGAGAACUGGUCGAGCAACUACACUAAGUAAUGUCCAAGAAAAAGAUUUAGCAAGACGAAUAAUACGAUUAGCUGAAGUAGGCGUGCCGUUGACCCGCAAGAUUGUAAGAAAGCAAGCCUACUUAUUUUGUAAAUCACAUAAAAUACCAAAUUCUUUCAAUGACACCAGAUGCACUGCAGGCAGAAAAUGGCUAAAGAAUUUUUUAAAACGUAACCCUGAAAUUUCUGUCCGUAAAGCACAGUUUAUGAAUUCUGCAAGAGCACAAAAAUUAAAUAAAGACAUCGUGCAACAACAUUUCACAGCUAUCAAAAAGUUGUAUGACGAAUUAGAUAUUCCUCGACAUCCAGAACGUCUAUAUAAUAUAGAUGAAAAAGGUUGUCGGCUAACCUUGCAUCACCAACAAUAUGUUCUUGCACAAAAAGGAAACAAGAGAGUGCAUUUUAUUGCACAAGAACAUGCUGAAAACGUCACAAUUGCAAUGUGUGUAAACGCUUCAGGUAAUUCGGUUCCACCAAUGAUCAUUUUCAAAGGUAAAAGGUUAAGACCGGAAUUCAACGACAAUUUACCUGAUGGCACUAUAGUCAAAAUGGCACCAAAAGGUAGUAUGACUACUGAUUUAUUUAUUGAUUUUAUACAUCAUCUUGGCAACUAUAAGUCUCCCGGGAAAUGUUUGCUAGUUUUUGAUGGAGCUGCUUCUCAUCUGGAUGCUAGGAUAGUGGAUGCCGCAGAUGAGAACAACAUAGUAUUAUAUUGUCUGCCAUCCAAUACCACUCAUGAAUUGCAACCUUUAGACAAAUCGGUCAAUAAAUCCUACGAGCACCAUUGGGAUGAAGAAGUAUUGUUGUACGCCUAUCGUCAUCCAGAUCGUAAGCUCACCAAGGCAAGGUUUAACAAAAUAUUCUCAAAGGUAUGGCCUAAAUGCGUAACUCAAGAUAAUAUAAAAAACGGUUUUAGAGCUACUGGGCUUCACCCCUACAACCCAAAUGCGAUUCCCGAGCAGGCUUUUGCACCUUCUAUCCUCACUCAGCGGCCUAUUUUGCAUGAAACUGCUUCUAACUCAGAUGAUCCUGAAGCUCAAAAUUUUGGAGAGUCAGCUGUGAAUCACAAUAAUGACUCUAACACAGAUUGUGAAGAAAGUUUACGUAUAUCGCCGUCACUGAUAACUGAAUAUGUACAUGUAUUUCCACCACUUUCAUCUCAUUCUCAGCCACAGAGUCAAUCGCCAACUUACGCAAGUAGGAAAUUAGUUGACUACAGUUCCUCUUCCGAAUCUGCUAUUGGAGAUAUUGAUGAACAACUUUCAGCAACAGGCACGAUUUUAUGUGAUAGGGAGUCACAAUUUCAUUCUCCAAUUCCAAGCACGUCUGGGUUAGUAAGACAGAAUGUACUACGAAGACCAGUUAUCAAUUCUUCGGCAUCAGGUUCAGACGACGAAAAUAUUGAUAUAAACGUAAUCCAAAAAUGCUGUCAACAUUCUGCCAGGAACUGUAAGAUUUAUACAUCAUCAGAAUCUGACGAAGAAAAUCUGGAUCCAUCUAAUGCAACAGCUGCUCACACACACCAAGAGACACUACGCAUCAGACACGGGGAACAUAAUUCUGAUGAUUCUGACAAUGAGCCGCUAUCAAAUUUGAAGCAAAAUAAGAAGAAAACACAAAAGAGAUCUCCAUUUCACGAAUUUAUACCAACACCUAACUUUGCAAUCAUUAAGAGUAAACCAAGGCGAAAAGCAAUAAAUUAUAUUGGUCAAAGAGUAACGAAGGAUUUGUUUGAUGCUGUCCAAGAAAAAAAAGUUAGGGGACCAAAAUCAGCAAAAACUAAAAACACUGGUAAAAAACAAAAUAUUAUGAAAAAGUUAAAAUAUAAAAAAGUAAAUGUAGAAAAUAGGGGUUAUGGGAGAGGGGCAAAAACAAGAGAAGAUAAGGCUGAAAGGUGGUAUUGCCGAGCUUGUAAAUCGGAACGAAUCGUAGAUAUGAGACAAUGCAUUGCUUGCCUUUCGUGGUACCACGAAGAAUGUGUCGGACUAACAAAGAACGACAUAGAGGACUUUUUGUGUCCAGAAUGCAAC